CCGGAACGUACCCGAUUGAAAAAUUUUGACGUUGACAUCCCUUUAUUGAUUUUUCUUGCAGGAAGUCUGAAGUCUUGUCAUUCCGCCGCCGCCGCGUGGAGCAGAUUGGAAACUUCUAUUCCAGACACGUCGAAACGUAUAAUGGCACGAGCGACGAUUCUUCCCUUUUCCCAAUCUUCACUAUCGUCUUCCAUGAUAUCUCCGUUAUCGCGUCGAACCACUCGAUCCAUAUCCGUCGAGGCCGUACUGUCGCUGUCUCCUGCUCUGAGUCUCGGUGUUUCCCCCGCACGUCGCCUGCGUCGGCCACUACAUCGUUCCGUCAUCCCAAAGCUUUCAACAUCCCCCUCCCCCACAGUCGUCAACCUGGCUCCCUCACGCUCAUCAACCACUUCUCCUGCGACUCGGUUGAGCUUGAUCUCUCGACAUCUUGAGGAUCAUCACCAGACUUCCUACCCUCCCAUCAACACUCCCUAUAGCGUUGAGCGAGAUUCUCUACCUGCCUCGACAGACGACCUGCCAUACACCCCACCUCCUCCACCAUCAGCUACAGCAGUCCAAAAGCGACAGUUCUCGACGUCAGCAUCUGCCAGAAUGUCGAUUCAACCUGCUCACCCUUCUCUCCUGAUCCCAGGACCCAUCGAAAUCUCCGAUGAAGUCGCCCAGUCAAUGGGACAUUAUGCGCAGUCCCAUGUCGGACAGCCCUUCGUCAAUGUCUUUGGCGAGACUUUGACCCUGCUGCGCGAUGUCUUCCAGACGAAGAACCCCAAUUCGCAGCCUUUCGUGCUUGCAGGAAGUGGAACUCUGGGCUGGGAUCUUGUGGCUGCCAACCUCGUCGAGCCAGGUGAAGAUGUAUUGGUGCUCCACAGUGGCUACUUCGCCGACUCAUUUGCGGACUGCCUGUCUACCUACGGCGCAAAGCCUACGCAAUUGAAAGCUCCAAUCGGCGACAGACCACAGCUCCCCGAGAUCGAGGCCGCUUUGAAAGAGAAGAAAUACAAGGCUGUCACGGUCACGCAUGUCGACACUUCCACCGGUGUCCUAUCGCACAUUCAACCUCUGGCCGAUCUCCUCCGACGGGUUUCUCCCGACACCCUCCUCAUCGUUGACGGAGUUUGCUCAGUUGGUGGAGAAGAACUUCACUUCGACAGCAUGUCGAUUGACGUUGCUCUGACCGCCUCGCAAAAAGCCAUUGGCUGCCCACCGGGUCUCUCCAUCGUGAUGGUGUCGGAAAAGGCCAUGAACGUGUUCAAGUCCAGGAAGUCACCUCCAGGCAGCUACUACGCUAGCUUCAAGAACUGGCUCCCGAUCAUGCAGAACUACGAAGCAAGGAAACCCUCGUACUUCGCCACUCCUCCAACUCAAUUGGUGCAAGCCCUCAACACGGCCUUGAAGCAGCUCCUUUCGCAACCCAUCGCGGCUCGCUUCGCCCAACAUCACAAGAUCAGUCAAUACGUCAAGUCCGAGAUCACCAAGAUGGGCCUGAAGCAAUUGCCCACCGACCCUGCCAACGCCGCGAAUACGAUGACGGCAAUUUAUUUACCCGAAGGCCUGACUCCGCCCGAGAUUCUCCCCAAGCUGAUGGCUCAAGGAGUCGUGUUCGCCGGUGGUCUGCACCGGGAGAUUGCGGCGAAGUAUAUUCGUUUUGGCCACAUGGGUGUGACGGCCAUGGAUGAGUCGAGAGGAGAGAUUGACAAGGCCCUGAAGGCAUUGAAGGCCGGGCUGGCAGAGGUGCAGAAGGCCAAGAACUAGGGUGUUUCGUUUCUCGUUGGCGGAAAAUCGAUAUGUACUGUGCAGCUCGACAUCCUGGGGAAGUGUGGAGUGGGCUUGCAGAUAUCGGGAGAAGCAGGAGGUAGCCCUGCAGAGACUAGUACAUCUGCGCAUAUGACUGGAUUCCAUUGCUACAAGGGGGCUUUCGGGGCCUGAAAAGUUGGUGUGUUGAUGUUCGAGCAUAGACGGACUAGGUCAUACAUGCGGGGUUCGUCGAUGCACCCGGACGGAUAAAGAGUGAGAGCACAUAAAAGAAAUCUUUGUCUUCGGGUAGACAAAAUGAUGAUAUUUCGCUAGACGAGUGUUUUCCCGGGACCUUAUCCUUUACGAGACAGCCAAUACGUCCAGUCUUUAGGGCAAAG